GUUUCAUUUGACGUUUGUGGCUGUCACCACUGGUCAAGACUCAAGGUCAUUCACCUUUGGCUGAACUGAAAAUCAAUUGAAUUAAAAAAAACAUCUACAGAAAUCUAAAAAAAUAUAAAUUUAAUGGAAAUGAUCUACAAAAUCCUUUCAUAAAACGACUAUGUUGUUAAUUUAUGCUAGUCAAAAUCACACGCCGGCUUAUUAAUGUGGUUAAAAAGCUUUUUCAAAUCUGUCCUCUUCGGAGUACCUGUCGGAAUAACCUUUCUGGACACAGUGGGAUAUGUUGCGAGGGUGGAAGGGAUUUCUAUGCAGCCAGUGUUAAACCCCGAGUCGAGAAACACAGACUACGUGUUCCUAUCGCGCUGGGCGGUAAGCGAUUACGAAGUGAGAAGAGGUGAAAUAAUAUCAUUAGUGUCACCGAAAGAUCCAAACCAAAAGAUUAUUAAGAGAGUCAUAGCUUUAGCAGGCGAUGUCGUGAACACGCUCGGCUACCAAAAUCAGUAUGUCAAGAUCCCUGAAGGCCACUGUUGGGUUGAAGGCGAUCAUACAGGCCAUACUCUAGAUAGCAACACAUUUGGACCCGUUUCAUUGGGUUUAGUGAAUGCCAAAGCUGUUUGCAUUGUAUGGCCUCCAGCUAGAUGGCAGAGUUUAGCGGCUACUCUGCCCGAUAAUAGAAAACCUCUGAGUGUGUCUAUAUGACAGGCUUUAGAAUUUAGAUCUACUUAAUUGCCUUUAACUUUGUUAAUUUUAGCAUGUAAAUAAAUAAAUAGCAAAAUGAUAUUAAAUUUUUAUAAAAAAUUCAUGUUAAAAGUGUUGUGGUACAAGAAAAGGUAAUCAAUAUAGAUGAAUUGAUGUAAAUAGUAUGCAAUAUUUAUCAUUUCAGAUCUCAACUAUUUAUCAUUCAGUUUUAGGUGAUUGUACUACAAAUACAAAUAUGUAUAAAAAAUAAAGUUUUGUAAAACAUAAA